AUGGCUAUCUUAGGAGCACAUGAUGUGUGGGAGAUAGUCGAGAAAGGCUUCGUUGAACCGGAGAAUGAUGGUGGUUUAUCUCAAAAACAAAAGGAUGGUUUGAGAGAUUCAAGGAAGAGAGACAAGAAGGCUCUCUGUCUAAUCUAUCAAGGAUUAGAUGAAGAUAUAUUUGAGAAGGUUGCUAGAGCAAAGACAUCCAAAGAAGCAUGGGAGAAGCUUCAGACAUCUUACAAGGGAGCGGAACAAGUUAAGAAGCAAGUACCAAGAGCAUGGAACACUCGGAUUGAUAAGUACUUCAAGGAGAAAUGCUUCAUCAAGUGUCUAUAUGAGCAUGAACUUUGUAUCAAAACUCAAAACAACGAUAUAUUGAUUGCAUGCUUAUAUGUUGAUGACUUGAUAUUCACUGGCAACCAUCCGAUUAUGUUUGAAGAUUUCAAGAUGGAGAUGAGAAAGGAGUUCGAGAUGACCGACAUUGGAUUGAUGUCAUACUACCUUGGCAUUGAAGUAAAGCAAGAAGAAAAUGGAAUCUUCAUUACUCAAGAAGGCUAUGCUAAAGAGGUGCUUAAGAAGUUCAAGAUGGAUGACCCAAAUCCAGUUUGCCCGCCAAUAGAAUGUGGAGUCAAGUUAUCAAAUGAAGAAGAAGGAGAGAGUGUGAAUCCAACACUCUUUAAGAGUUUGGUUGGAAGCUUACGAUAUCUAACGUGCACAAGGCCCGACAUCCUACACGCAGUUGGAGUUGUGAGUCGAUACAUGGAGCAUCCAACAACAACUCAUUUCAAGGCAGCCAAGAGGAUCCUACGCUAUAUCAAAGGUACAAUCAACUUUGGCUUGUAUUACUCUAUUUCUGACGAUUACAAGCUUGUUGGAUAUAGCGAUAGCGAUUGGGGUGGAGACGUAGAUGACCAGAAAAGCACAAGUGGCUUCGUGCUUUAA